GUCGCAGAAAUGAUCAGCACAGCAGAAACUGACAAUUUGAACUUGUAGUGUAGUUCAUACGGAAAUAAAGAGGAGACUUUCCGGCUGCACUUGCCUUCCGUGUGCCCUUAGAGGUAUCGCUAGAGGCCACAUCUCAGCUUUGUCGCGUUCUCGGCCAAAGGUGUUUUGCAGCUGAAAAUUGUGACAAUGGCGAAGUUGAGACGCUUUGCGCUAGUGGCGACGUCCCUCUUGCUGUUCUCCUCGGUCCACGGUGCUGACUUCAGCCUCGAGACUCUGGGGGAGACAAUUCGCGCAGCGCUAUUGAAGGCUGCAGGCGUUCCUGCGGAAGGCACUCCCGUCGACGUCAGCUACAACAAGACCCUUGGCGGGCCAGAUGGCCUUGGGCUGGCACUCAACCUGACAGGCGUUGUGCACGGUCCCAACGGCACGCUGAUCACCGAGAAGGACACCACGACUGUCGGAGGUGCGGACAACUACAAGAAGGUGCACGACAGCAAGACCAUCCUCAGCCCCAGCGAGCUGUCCCUCAACGGCGGCAAGAACACCUUCCUCGACAACAAGAACUCCUCUGCCGGAUACGGCGCCGGCGCAACCGUGAAGAAGAACAGUGACUCUCACAUCGGCGGCGGCGGCUUCCUCAACAACAAAAACUCCUCCGCCGGAUACGGCGCCGGCGCAACCGUGACCAAGAACGGCGACUUCAACAUCGGCGGCGGUGGUCAGGCCAAGAUCAAGGAUCUGAACGUUGGAGGCGGCGCCGGAAUUGUGAAAGGUAAUGCUGCGAGCAACGACACCGCAGGUAGCCAGUACUACUCUCCGUAUGUGCCCCCGGCGGUGCCCUCGGUGCCCUAGGCGGAUGAAGGGAGACACAUCGCGCGCGACUGGCAGACUGACACACAUAACAGCCGGGGCUCAGCUACAGGAGCAAAGCCCUCUAUGCGGAUUCUCAGCUGCACCACUUUUCAGGGCACUUUGGAGAGCAAAAGCAAGGUAGACAAUGAUGGUGUGGAGGCAGGAGUCGCCUCAGUAUGGUGAAGAGCUGAUCAGUGCGACCUGCAGCGCCGCAAAUUUUUUAAUUCUAAGGCUUUAUGAGGACCGCAGAAGGCACCUGUGCGGCCAUAUGACGGCUGGCACCUGCCAACAGCAGCUCUGAAGUGCCCUGCAGGUCCCAAUGUUCACUGAGGCUCGGCCUUAAUGGUGCAUACUGCCAGCAUUGUUGGCGGCACUCAGUGUGGACAGCAAUUUGAUUCCACGCCUUUUCAUGCGAUUUGAUAGGUUUCAUGACAGCAUUUUUGUCUGCGUCUGGCAUCAAUCUGGAGCAAGUGUCUGUGAUUGAUGGAGAUGAGAUCCUCAGCAGCGCUGCAGGCUGGCACUGCAGAGAAUCUGACAUGCUGCUACAUUUCAUGAUCAAACUUUAGGGCAGCCAUUGGAGCGCCUCAUGCAUUGUUCGGUGUGGUCUUUUCGCUGUGUGCUUUUGCAACAUAAGAGAUUCCCUGCAUGAUAUCCUCGACGUCACCCACAGGGUGUUGCGUCGCUGGCGGGCCAGAGGUGUUAGCACCAGAGGGAUACUGGUCUGAGACAGGGAUUGCUUGCCAAGUGAUUGUACGUGCUAUGCUAUGAUAUGAAUUUGCUUGCUGUGUUGUGUAGCAUUGUUUGGUGGUGGGAAUGGUGGUAUGUUCCUUGAUACGCACGCCUCACUUGGACUUAGACUUUUAGUAUGAUACCAUAUGGGCUGCAGACCAGACCUUCAAGCCCCACAUAUGUGGCUGCAGACACUCUGUGCGUAUGCCCUAUGGCCUUCGGGCUUUGGCUUUGCCGACACUGUAAUAAUAAUAAUAAGAGCCCA